AUGUCUUCCAGUGCUAAAAGAAAUGCUCUUUUGGCAAAUGACUCUGAUGAGGACUUAUCCUCACUUGCAAGUAAUCAAGAUGAGGACAAGUCGUACGCUGUCGAGACCAUUUGGGCUGAGCGUGUUUCUAAAGGCCACACCGAAUACCUUAUCAAAUGGGAAGGAUAUCCUGCUGAAAGAGCAACAUGGGAGCCAGUUGAAAUGUUUGAUGAUGAAUUAGGACACCACGAGCCCUUCGACCUUCGGUCCUGGGAGGAACACUGUGAAAAGCUCAAGCGAGAUCGUAACCUCCGCCGUGAGCGCCGACAAAGACGAGAAAUGCGCAUGUCGAGUGAACAACUUUCAGCAGAUCUGGUGGAAUCCCACACCCUCACGCAAGAGCCCCGAGCUCCAUUGUCAGUAAAUAAAGGCAACUCAUCAACCUUACCUGGUUUGCAAAAUCGGGUAUCGUUCUCCAGAAACUCGGGAGUAAGCCAGAUCUUGCCGGAGCUUCAGCUGCCGGAAUCUCAUACGUGCAGAAAGCAGCCGCCUGCCUCAGACGUUGCAGACAGUAACAAGCGGCAGAGACUUGGCCCACCUCAGCUGCCAAUUCAACGGGCACCACAAUCUGCACCCACUCACGCAGCUCCAUACACGCCCCUACCCGAUAUCGCAUCCUCGUACACAUAUCCACACCAAUGGAAACACGAGAUGACACCUGCGUUGACAUUUACAACCUCAAAUAAACCAGCGUCGACCUUUGGCGAACGAGGAAUGGUAGCCAAAGCUGGGCCCCAUCCAAGGUUUCGUGGAGAACCAGCACCAGACAUCACAAAGCUGGACAUAAUCCGACCCUCUCAAUUUCCGGAGAGGACAGGCCGCCCCGAUACAGAUGCCUCUAAUUUGCCCUUUACAAUUCGCCCCAGCAAUCCACCCUUGUCUCGGGAUACUGGGGACUCCAGACAAUUGCCUUUGCCGCCUGCCCAGCCUUCGCCGGGUUGUAGUGGCCCCCGGAAGCAGACAUUCCGUGAUAAGGUUAAUAUGUCGAAGUCCACGGCGAAGCGACGUCGUUCUUUGGAAGAAAACAAUUACAAACCUUCUGAUAUCUUUGCUCGGCGGGAAAGUCCCGCCAGGCGUCGGUCACGGUCUCGAUCAGCUGACUUUUUGCGUUCCCCAAAGCCGUCAAACAUUUCAGCUGUUGCUAAGAACACCUGGGUAAAUCCUAGACCUGUUUCUCCUGUGGAUUUUUCCCAAAAAUCGCAGCUCGCCCGAAUGCCUAAACGCACUCCCGGAUCUGAUGCUCGUACGAUCCCUGGAGGGUACUGGUUCGGCCCCGGAGAGGUUUUGAUGAUGACUUCCUUUGGGAUAGAUGAAGGGUUUGUUGGAAACACAAGGGCUUGUGGCUUACUAGGUCUAGGUAGAGAUCUGAUCAAGAAUAAGUCACCGGGAAAAUUGCAACUUGAUAUUCAUUUCAACUUUGUUUGCAAGAUUGACGAAAUCAUGGAUCUUCGAGAUCAGCAUACGGUUUCCUUGCGUACCGGAUGGAUUGAAGGCUUCGAUAAGACUAACAAACCACUGCUUCGAGUGGCUGAAUUUCUUCGCACAAAUGACCUUGUUGCUGUCUUCUUUUCAGAGACUAAGAAGCGUCUGGCAUGGGUUGUGUCGUCUCGCUUCUCCCGGAAUUCUGAAUGGACCCAUUGGCUUCAUAAUGAUCAAAUUAGCAAUGUGCCAAGUGGAGUUCCUAUUCUUCUUACAGCAUGCGAAAAUCUCUCGUUGUGCCAACCACGGAUUCCUGGUGCUCGGAAUCAUACUUUCUCCAUUCGCGAGAGUGGGUUAAAAAACACAUUUUCUUCCCUUGGACCACAGCUUCAGACCGAAACACAGUCUGCGCAGCCUUUCUUGGCACACCAAACGGAGCAAGUUCCAAGCCCUUCCCGCAAGUUGGCUCUAGAAUCCAGUGAGAGUACUUCGGAUCUUUCCACCCCUGUUACAGGCACAGAUCCUCUAACUACAGCCCAAUUGAAUGGUUUGCGUCAACACUUCACUACUGGACGCCUAAACUCAGCCGAUCUUACCAUAACUAAGGAGAACGGACAGCGAUUAGAGGCAAAGAAAUUUUAUCUUGCCUGCUCCCUUGAUGAUGAGGACGCCUUGGCCGAGCUUGAAAUCAUGGAAAUGAUUUAUGCAGAACAAGGGGUCGUUUCGCUCACAAAUCAAAGCCCAGAUCAUUGGGCCUCGUUUGUGAAUGAUAAUCAGCAAGGUGUGGUUAUUUUCCACGAGUCCUUCCAAAGCUAUGGAUUGUUGCGGCCACCUAUCGCCCAAGUCAACAAAAAGUUUUUCAACUUCUGGGUUGUCCGCCUUACCCGUCCGCUUGAAUUUCCGGAUACCAGUCUCAUUGCAGCCUCACCUCACGUACAACAAAUUCUCACACCAGGCGCCGCCAUGGUGCUUAUUACCAAAGAUGCAAUGAGCAAACUUAUGGAUGUUGCCAUUGUUCUUCGUUGGAUCUUCCGCUGUCAAAGGAAAAAGCCCAGGAAAUGGAAAAUCGUGUUUUUCCCAGGCAUCCUACAAUGGAUUACAGAAAGGCUGAAUGAUACAGGUUUUGCAAAAGACCAUCGACUCUUACGGGUAAUCGAAAGUCUGAUCAUGAGGAACAACAUCGACUACCCUCCAACUCAAGUUUUUGACCCAUCCAGUUUAGACUUUUUACGAUGCAUUGAGAACAAAACAAGCACGGUAAUAGAGCUUCCGUACACUGAAGAUCGCACAGACGAAAACAGCGCCAUUGCAGAUGACUCCGAGCGGGACGCAGAUUAUCUGAUCGAAAUGUUGGCUAGUGAGGCGAAAAUGAAAUUUCGCCCGGUUUGGGACUGUUAUUGCUAUCGUAUCCGAGUGUCCGAAGACACCGGGUUUGAAGGACCGAUGGGAGAGCCUGGGGCAUAUUAUCGUUCACUAUGGAUUUGCGAAUUUCUAUGA